GAGAGAGAGAGAGAGAGAAUGUCAUUGUGCAGAUCAGCUGUCCGCCAGCUGAUCGCCGCGAGCACGUGAUCACUCGAUAUUACUUGCAAGAAUUAUCAAUUAUCGCUGUUUUAAUUUGAGCGUUAAUUAUCAUCGUGCGAUUCAUUUCCGCACGGCACGGCAUUGAUGCACAACGUGAUGAAAUCGUUCCGCGAGGUCCUCGCGAGCGCCAGCAACAUCCUGAUCCUGACCGGCAGCGGGAUCUCCGCAGAAUCCGGAGUGCCGACUUUUCGAGGCGCCGGCGGGUUCUGGCGUAAAUAUCAGGCGCAGAGUCUCGCAACACCGGAGGCCUUUGCGGCGAACUCCUCGCUGGUCUGGGAGUUCUACGAGUACCGUAGACAACUGGUCAGCAAGGUCAAUCCGAACAAGGCGCACGAAGCUGUGGCAGAUUUUCAAAAACGCAAGAUAGCGGAAGGUAAAAAGGUAUCGAUCAUUACACAGAACAUAGAUGGUCUACAUCAAAAAGCUGGGGCAACAGAUGUGUUGGAGUUGCAUGGCUCACUUUAUAGAACACGCUGCACCAAGUGCCACAAUGUUGCCAUUAAUGAGAAUAUUCCCAUUUGCCCAGCACUGGCAGGAAAAGGAUCUCCCGAUCCCAGCAUCAUGUCUUCCGAUAUCCCAGUAGAAGAAUUGCCGCGCUGCGAAAUCAGGAAUUGCGGAGCAUUGCUGCGACCUGAUAUAGUGUGGUUCGGGGAACAGUUGAAUGCAAAUGUGUUGGAGAAAGCCUUUGAUCUUGUGGAAACGUGCGAUGCUUGUCUGGUCAUCGGGACCUCAGCGAUCGUAUAUCCAGCCGCUAUGUUCGCACCGCAAGUAGCGCAACGUAAUGUACCGGUCGCUGAGUUCAAUAUAGAGGAAACACCAGCCACAAGACAAGUGCAAUAUCACUUUCAAGGUCCCUCUUCCAUCACUGUGACAGAAGCAUUGGCACCUUAAAAGGGUUAAAAUAAUGAAAUAAGUGAGAUUUUUUACAGAAAAAAAAAAAGAAUUUUUACCUCACAAUAGCACACUUCUACAUUUAGUCCAAGCCGGUUCAAGUAAUCUAACCAUAAUUUUUGUUUAGUGGACAAUGUAUCACUUGGACCUUUUACUUCCACAAUUUUGUACUGGAAAAAUAACAUACAUUAGAUUAUAAUUUAUUAAAACUUAUAUACGGUAGAAUAUAAGGCAUAUAGGAUCUGUGUUACAAGCUCUUAAAAUUCUACAUAGGAAAAAAAAUUGACUUGCCUGUUUUGUAUUUGCAUUCCAUACAAUUAAAUCAGGAAAACCA